ACCAAAACCGCUUAUAAACCUGCUUUGCUCUUGUGUUCCGCAAACUAUAAAUUUGUGAUUUCUCCGAGAACAAGUCUCAUUCUAUAAAAGGAGCAACUUUCUCUUCUUCCUCUUUUCUCACUCUCCAAUUUUUCACUCUGCACUAACCUACCACACGAUGAAACCGCAUUGAACCGCCAUUUUCGUGCAUGAAUAGGUAAUGGAAAAUGCGAUGAUGAACAACGGCAAUAUGAAGGUUUCGAAGGUGAGAAGGACUUUGAACGAGAACGUUUCGCCGUUGCAGGUCGAGUUGGAUGAUAAGAGAGGACGCUAUCUCCAAUCAACGACGAUGAGUCCAGGUUUUCAACCGUACGCUGAGAACAUCGAUACCGGUUCGCCGCUCGCUCGAUACUUCUUCGCCGGAUCUCCGAUUUCCGGUAAAUCCAGCGAGUCCUUCACUUCUCCGAUUUUCGGCUCCAGCAAAUACAGAUCCGCAAGAAUGCAACAGUACUGCGCCACCAGUUCAGGGAACAGUAGCUUCGGUUCUCGCGGUAGAUUAUCGCUCUCGCCGCUUUCUUCAAUUGAGAAUAUGGAGAUUAAGCCACUUAUGUCACCGCCGAUGUACGGAACGCCUGUGAAGGUGGACGAGGAAGUUAUUGUGAUGGAUGAUAUUCAAGUGAGGCCAAUGUCCGGAGGAAAGAACGGAAGAUCUUCGUCAUCUUCCUCGAGCAGGGGCUCCGGCUCCUCGUCUUCCUCCUCGAAGAGCGUGUAUAAGACGGACAUUUGCAGAGCGUGGGAGGAAUCUGGAAACUGCCGCUACAACUCCAAAUGCCAGUUUGCCCACGGAAGAGAAGAGCUUCAUCCAAGUCGUCUCAUGAAGAGUAAAUCUGAGGCCCAGACGAGCAAAUUAUCAAUUAGACUAGGACAGGGCACAUAUGGCCCAAAUAGCCGUGUUGUUCAUGAACACCCUGCAGUAACUGAAUCUGAAUGUGCACUCACAGGACUCAUAACUUCCCAACCAGCUUCACCUGAACCUUAUCGUAGUACCCAUGCCAAUUCCAACAUCAUCAAUGACUGGUCACCCCUGGAUGAUGGCAUUGAUGUUGUCCUCCCAAAUGGUUCAGAUAAGGUUCCCUCAAGGGAGGAAGUUGAUGCCUACAUUUUUGGCCUUCUCAAUGAGCCGACUACUAAAAGGAGACUACCAGUAUUCGUGGCAAUUUGCGAGGGGCAGUAGUCCCCAUAAACUAACAAAAGGACUCAUCACUAUUGGAAAGUACUCUCAAAACCAUAGUAAAUUUUUUCUGUCAUCAGAAUAAUUUCCCCCCAUUUCUUGAGUAAUAGUUGGGUGUGCUGCUAACUAAUAUCUGGCGACAGUUGAUGGUUAGAAUACCAGUAGUAUGCAUAUAUACAUUUAGGAAUAAUGAUAUUUUUACAAUAAAUGGUGAACCAACUAUGGUUUUAUUGAAUAACUACCUUUUGUGUCAGUCACUAUUUUCUUUAAGAAGUUCUGAAUCCCAUGUUUAGAAUAUGAUCAGCUUUAUAUUGCACCAACUCCCACCGGUCCUCAAAUUAGGUAAUAAUUGAGGAAUGUUACAACUUACAGCUGUAACUAAUAGCAGUAUCCUGGGAUGGCUAGCAUGUGACUUCAUUAUAUUAAUGGCUACAGUCAUUUUGUUUUUUUUAAUAAAUGACUACAGAGAGAAUAA